CGCGCCGCGGCCGCUUUGCCGCAGCUGGGAGAGUCACCGCCACCAGCUCCAGCUCCAGCUCCAGCUGUUCCCCCGCCACCAGCUCCAGCUGUUGGCCGCUGCCUGCCCGGCCGCCUCCCCUCCGCCUGCCCUCGCUCCUGCUGCAGCAGCAGCGACCAUGACAGGCAUCGCGGCGGCUUCCUUCUUCUCCAACGCGUGCAGGUUCUCCGGCUGCGGGCUCCACUUCGACUCCCUGUCGGAGCUCAUCGUGCACAUAGAGGACAGCCACAUCGAUACAGACCCCUGUCUCCUGGAGAAGCAGGAGCAGCAGCAGCCGACAUAUGUGGCCCUCAGUUAUAUCAACAGGUUCAUGACAGAUGCUGCGAGACGAGAACAUGAGGCCCUGAAGAAAAAGGUGCAGCCCAAACUGUCUCUGUCGGGCGCUCUGUCCCGCACCAGCGUCUCCACGCCGCCCCGCCACAACAGUGGGAACCUCACUCCUCCAGUCACCCCACCAAUCACCCCGUCCUCUUCUUUCCGCAGCAGUACACCUACAGGAAGUGAAUGUGAUGAAGAAGAUGUAGAGUUUGAGGAGUCUGACAGCGAUGAAUCAUGGACCACAGAGAGCGCCAUCAGCUCCGAGUCCAUCCUCAGUUCAAUGUGCAUGAAUGGAGGCGAUGAGAAGCCUUUUGCUUGCCCCGUUCCAGGCUGUAAAAAAAGAUAUAAGAACGUGAAUGGAAUCAAGUAUCAUGCCAAGAACGGCCACCGAACCCAGAUUAGGGUGCGCAAGCCUUUUAAGUGCCGGUGUGGAAAGAGCUACAAAACCUCUCAGGGUCUCCGCCACCACACCAUCAACUUCCACCCACCCAUCUCUACGGACAUCAUCUUUAAACUGCAGCAGUAGAGACUGAGUGAACGACCAGCACUGUCACCCAGAACAUGCUCACACCCAUCUGAACACCAUCAUCACCAGCAACGGUUUCUCAUUCCUCUCUCUCCCUUUUUUCACCCUUUUAUUUUAUUCCUCUUAGCUGUGACACUAUUUUGAUUGCAUGAUGUGAAUAUAUUAUCAUUCAGCCUUAAGUUUUAUUUUGAAUUGGUAAAUCUUUAUGUAGUUCAUCGUUUUGUAUUUUGCACAUUUAAGCUAUCACUUAUCAUUUUAUGGCGCUCCUUGUUGAUGUGGGCAAAUUAUAGGUUGGAAGAUGUCCAGGUCACGAAUAGCCCCGUGCAGUACGGCAUUCAGCUUGGAGCGGAAGAAGAGGAAAGGUUUGGAUAUUUUUGUAGCAAAAAAAGAGCCACCACUACCUUGCCUCAGUUUUGUCAGAGUGACAUAUGAGACUAAAAUGUGACGGACGUGCAAGAAAAAUGAAUGUGUUGUAGCAUUAGGAUCCAACAUUAGACUUAUUGUGACUAUUCACUUGUUGGACUUCCUUUCAUAUUAAAAAAAUAUAUACUGUGGUCAGUUUUACAGCACUUGUACGUGAGUGUCAAGGGAUUAUCUCAGGUGAUUUUUUUCUAUCAUUUCAGCGCCACAAUCCUGCCCAAGUGUUCCGAUAGUGUUAAUGCUGUUCAGGUCGAUCAUGACAACUCUGUCAUUUGUCCUCAUCUUCUUGAUCGUAGAGGACUUAACAGUUUUCCUUGCUACUUUACAAAAAGGAAGCACUUUUUGUCAACAUUGCCAAGAAAAUUAGCAUUUUUGCCAAUAUUUUCUUUCUAAUGUAAAUACAGUGAGUGGAAAUUUACACGUUCUACUUUGGUCCAAAGAAAAAGUGUACAUGAAUCCUACAGUGUUUUCUGUAUUGUGAGAUGGUUCUUUUGUUUUUGUUCUUUUACUGUAUGAACAAAAGCAGUUGCCUUGAAUUAUCAAAAAGUACAGUGCAUGCCUUCAUUUUUGUUGGUUUAUACAAUCUAAGCUAAAGGCCGGGCCAGUUCGUUGCAUCUUUAAUGUCUGUGUUGCUAGACAAAUAUCUCAAUGUCUUGAAUAACAGGAAAGAAAAGGAUGAGACUGACCAUAUAUUCAGCCCAGUGACAUCCUGAGUCUGUGUUUUUGGACAAUGAAAAUCAUAUAAAACUUUCUCUGUGCCAUAACAACAAUGUCUGACAUCCCUGAAGAUAAUAACCUAAAUAAUGAUAUCCAUGAACUGCAACAAAUAUGCCAGUGAUUUCCAACCCAGUAUCUGAAAAAGGUGGGACAUUUAAAUCUUUUAUCAAUCUGAAAAAUGGCACAUGGGCCAGAAAUUAGAUUUUGAUUAACGUAUGGCGUAUUAUGCAUUACAUCGUUGUACGGAGGGCAGUUUCUUGCUGAGAUAAGCAAAAGCUUGCAUGAAAGAGACCCCAGAAUGAAUAAAAAGGAUUCAGCAUCAAUGGUGCCUUCACAGAUGUGCAGGUGUGCUGCGUGGGCAAAUGCACAUCCUCACCAUUACAGAAGUUAACUUUGAACUGCCAUGAAAACAAGCUGGAUGGGCUCCAUCCUUUGCCCAAAAACCAUGUCCUCAAUUUCCAGAAUUUUAUUUUAUUUUUUUUAAUCCACCUUCACAUUUCAUCCACUUUUAACGAGGUGUCGGUGAAGGUGCCGACAUUUUCUGGAUCACGUUUGCAUGUUUUUCUCUUUGGAUGCCAGUUUUAACUCGAGCAUUUUCAGAAAUGUUUCCCGAUCACCUGCACUAACUCCCAUUCCACAUUGGGUCUGAGUGGACCUUUACAUUAUGUGCCAUAGAUGAUGAAACUACCAAAUGUUGUUUCAUGCAGUACUCUAAAAUUGGUGAGCUAUUUCCCCACAGUCACAGUGCAGUCACUGCUCUACUUCUCUUACAUAGUUGUUUUACCCACUCAUGAUACUGACAUGUUGCCCAUAACUAGUUUUGAGAUGGUACACUUCAUUAUUUAUUUUUUUUGUUUUUUUUUUGCCCCGUCCCAAUUUUUUUUCCAAGUCUAUUGCUUGCAUCACAUUUAAAAAUAGCUCUACUUUUUUGUUAACCAGGUUUCCAAAUCUGAUACAUUGUCUUCGGUUUUAUAUUGGGUCUAAAUUAAUUGCAAAUCUUUGCAAUCUAGUUAAUAGUCCCACAUCCCAAUUUAUGUGUGGGUGGGUGUGUGCGUCUGUCUGUAUGUGGGGAUUAUGGUUUAAAACUCUCCCACUUAGUUAAAUCUUCAGAGCAUAAAUACUAUUGAAAAAAAAUAAAAUGGAAAAAAAAAUCCCAAACAUUUCAGCUUUGUGCCAAUAUGAUACUGUCAGUAUGGAGAAAAGUUUGAUGUAAUGUACAGUGAAUGUAUUAUGUGUAUAAUGUAUGUGUUAAGUGCUUUAAAUUAUAUUUUCAUAUAUUCUUGAAGAAAAAAAAAGUGUGUAAAAAGCCAAAACCAGAGGUGGUGUUGUACUGUAUUUCUUCCAAAAGCUGCUUCGUGUAAACGUUUGUUAUAUUUUUCAAUAAAACAUCCUCUGACUCCUGU